ACACGAAUGAAGAGGCUGAGACAGAAGCUAAAAUAACUCAGGGAUAUAGAGGGAACCAUGGAAAAAACAACUGAGAGAGAGACGCAAAGACAACAGAAGACAAACUGAGACAAGAAAUAUAUUCAGAAAAAGUGUGACCAGGACCAGGACUCAGCUGACCCACUAAAGGACCAGUACGGAGGAGGACUGAGCCACGAUGGACUAUGAACCAAAGAAAUCCAAGAAGGGUUUUGUUUCCCCUAUUAAACGGCUGGUCUGGUCCAAAUCUGGUCGAAGGCCAGUGGAUCGAGGCAGCAUUUACCGCCGCCCACUUCACACUGUCCCCCUCUAUCCUCCCGACUACGUCAUCCACCCUGAGAGACUCAUCUUUGACUACAUGGAGAAGGAGGUCAAGUUCCUCGGUCAUCUGACCUGGGUGUCGGUUUCACUAAAUCCCUCCAGCCGAGACGAACUGCUACAACUACUGGAUACAGCGAGGCAGCUGAAGGUGCUGCCUUUGAAGACCAGCGUGGAUCAGGACUGUAUUCUGAGUCUGUCUGCUCGCUGUCUGCUGCUGACGUGGAGAGACAACGAGAAGCUACUGAUGAGAAUUCCCACACAUGAGAUUGCUGCUGCGUCCUACCUGAGAGAUGACGCACUGCACCUGCUGGUCCUCAAGACAGGUCUGAACGUGGACACUGUGGUUGCUGGGGACGACAGCCUGGACAGGAAAAAGCCAACAGGCAUCGAUGGGCGACGUCAAACUAUGAGCUGCAAUGCUGAUCCACGACCUGCAGGGGGUACAAUGGAGCGACGGCACACCAUCUGUGGAGUCGACUGGAGGCCGUCACUGUCCAGGAGUAACCACGACAAAAACCAGAACAUGGAGAGAGGAGGAGGAGGUGGUGGAGGGGGAGAGAGAGGAGGAGGAGGGAGUUUAGAGAGGAAGAGAGUGGGAGGGAGCUGGGAGAGGAGGCAGCAAACACGUAAAACAGGAGGGAGCUGGGAAAAUCGCAGGGCAAGACCCAUGAGCGGGAGCUGGGUGGUGGGGGUAGGAGGAGGUGGUGGCGGAAGCUGGGAGAGGAGGCAUGGAGGAGGGGGAGGAGUCGGUGGAGGAGGCGGGAGCUGGGAGAGGAGAGGAGGAGGUGGUGGAGGAGCAGGAGGCAGCUGGGGAAGCUGGGAGCGGCGGCAAGCCUGCACAGGAAGCUGGGAGCGUGGUAAGAGCUACGGCAGCUGGGAGAGGAGGAACCACAACCCGCUGGAGCCCACGCCCUGCCCUGACGCCUACUGCAACCUGGUCAUCCUGGCUGUGGAGAACAGGGAUGCUGCAGAGGAGUACUGUUCUUUGAUCUGUCAGAUGUUCCAGAUCAUUUACGGCCAUCAGACCAUCGAGUGUGUCGACAGGGCGGGGUUUCACCACACCAUGCCGGACCGCUAUUGGCUGCAGAGGAGUGACAGCUGUCUGACUGACAUGUCCUACAGUUAUGAUCCAGACUUUAGCUGCUGCAGCUCAUAUGAUGGCUCUCAGGAGGCCUUUGACCUCUACUACAGUGAGACAUACAGCGAGAGCUCAUCCCUCUCGCUGCAGGACUCCCAUCGCAGUCUUGCUUCAGCCAGUGACGCAGGGGACAGUAACCCCGCCCUGAUGCUGAUGCAGGAGUACAUGAUCACACUGCGUAACAAGCUGAGUCCAGUGGAGUUGCAGCAUUUUGCGGUGUUGCUGAGAGAAUACAGACUGGGAUCAAACAUCGACCACUUCUGCUCUGAGCUGCUGCAACUUUAUGGAGACAACCGCAAGUUCCUGCUGCUGGGCAUGCGUCCGUUUAUCCCAGACAAAGACGUUGGAGUGUUUGAGAGUUUCCUGGAGAGCAUUGGGAUCCGAGAGGGCGGGAUUUUAACGGACAGUUUUGGACGCAUCAAACGCAGCAUGAGCAACACAUCAGCGACGGCCAUGAGAGGCAGGUACGACAACAGCUCUCUGCCCUCAGGAUCGCAGGAAUUCAACCGGCGCAUCACCGACAUCACUCAUGACAUCCAGGCCCUCGGCUUUCAGGACACACACGGAGACAUUGAGGAAGAAGACUACUACCUCUGAUAGAGGGAUAAAGACAAGUUUGAUUCCAGACAGCGUCUGAACUCUGAACCUGCCUGAGUUCUCUCCAUUACUAGACAUAAACUGUAAAUAUAAAUUGUCUCAUGGAGGGACGUUUUCAAUGCUGAUGUCUUCAAAUGCAGAUCCUGCUGUGUGCACAGACAGAACAACAGACGAGAAAUAAAAACAGCAGGUGAGUGUGAUAAAAGUAAAGUAAGAAAGUUAUUCUGUAGAAGUCUAAAGUUGACUUUGAAUCCAAUCUGUUUUUUAAUCCAACUUUAUAUUGAAGGCAUCUAAAUAAUUGACAAAGCUGUGUGAUGACGGUCUUCUGAGGGAUUGUAGUACCUACCAGUGACCACAUGGAGGCAACUUAGGGUAAAAGAACUGAGUUACUCUGCUUUUGAGCUAAAGGUUCCACAACUGGGCUGAAAGCAAUGACUGGUUUAAAUAAGAAUAGCAACCACUUCAUUAACUGGAACCAGAUUGAUAGAUCGAAAAUCUCGUCCUCCCUUCUUUCUCUGAGUGUGUGUGUGUGUGUGUGUGUGUGUGUGUGUGUGUGUGUGUGCCUGCCUCUCUCUCUCUCUCAGUGCUUCAUCGACCCGUUAUCCCGACGGAGGCAUCAUGACCUUCCCAUGGUGCACUGCUUCUCUGCCCCCAGGCCUUUUCCUCUGCCAGCCUCACUGAACAUCAGAGAGAGAGAGAGAGUCAGUGCACCCAUGGGCUUUACCCGAGUCAUGUUAGUCCUCUCACCCUCAUUAUGUAAUAGAACAAUACUGUGUGCAUUUAUUUUUUCAUGUAUUUAUUAUCAGCAGAAUAACUUUAUUAUCACCAGCAGUGAUGCACAUCACUGUAAAUGUAGUAGAGGUAACCAAAAGGCUAAUUUUUGUCUCUUGACUCUGGAUAGAUGGUACACAGGAUGUAUAAACGAAUUACAUAAUAAAGAAAAAAAGAAUA